AUGGAGCUACCAAGAAAGCAUAUCAACUCUUUUUUUCCUGGUUUUGGUUCUUCCCUCAUGCUUCAACUUGCUGGUUUAGCAACAGCAAGCCAUGUAGUUAGAGGAAACGACACUGAUCAACAAGCCUUACUACACUUCAAAUCCAAGAUAACUGGUGAUCAGCUCAGGAUUAUGGACUCCUGGAAUAGUUCCAUUCACUUCUGUCAGUGGCGUGGCGUUACAUGCGGUCGUGGUCGUGAGCAUCAGAGAGUCACCAAGUUGGAACUUCAAUACCUCAAACUCUCGGGCUCUUUAUCCCCAUACGUUGGAAAUCUGAGCUUUCUCACAGAGCUGAAUCUUACGGGGAACAGCUUCUACAGUCAAAUUCCUCAAGAAAUCGGUCGUUUAAGAAGAUUGGAGGUAUUAAGACUGACCAAUAACUCCAUUAGUGGUGAAAUUCCUUCUAAUUUAUCUGCUUGUUCUAAGCUUACAUUUGUUAACAUGAGAGGUAACCAACUAAGAGGAGAAAUACCUGCUUCGUUGGGUUUCUUGUCAAACCUGAAACUGAUGAGUUUUAGCAACAACAGUUUGAGAGGGAGUAUCCCACCUUCUUUAGGGAACUUGUCAUCCCUGCAGGAACUCACUUUGUCCAUUAAUCAAUUGACUGGGAUCCUACCUGAAGCUCUUGGAAGACUCACAAAUCUUUCAUAUUUCACGGUAGGGUCAAAUGGAAUUUCUGGUAUUCUUCCUAUUUCCAUGUUCAAUCUCUCCAAUGUUCAAGUCUUUGAUAUUACUGGGAACAUGAUUCAAGGUACUCUUUCUUCUGACUUACCAAUUACUAUGCCAAAUGUCGAGUUCUUUUCAAUAGGGGGAAAUCAAAUAUCUGGAACAAUCCCGAUUUCAAUAUCGAAUGCUACAAAUCUGAAUGUACUUCAAUUUGCUGAAAAUAGACUUAGUGGAAGCGUUCCUUCAUUAGAAAAGCUAGAUAAACUGUUCAGAUUAUCCUUGUACCAAAACCAUUUGGGGCACGGGAGAGACGGUGACUUGAACUUUCUUUGCACUUUGGUCAACAAUACCAAACUAGGAACUCUAUCUAUAACUGAAAAUAAUUUUGGAGGGAUGUUACCUAAAUGCAUUAGCAAUUUUUCUAGCACCCUUUCUCAUUUAUCAAUGGAUCGGAACAAAAUAUUGGGAAGAACACCAGAUGGAAUUGGAAAUCUCAUCAACUUGGAGGCCUUGGGUGGGGAUUUUAACAAUCUUCAAGGGAGCAUUCCUUCAAGUCUAAGUAACUGUCAAAGUUUGAUUCGAAUGAGUCUUGCUCAUAACAAUCUUAGUGGAUCAAUACCUUAUGAAGUACUUGGACUCUCAUCCUUGUCCAUUGUACUAGAUUUGUCAUCGAACUAUCUGACUGGUGAACUUCCUGUUGAAGUAGAAAAACUGAAAAAUCUAGCUAAAUUGGAUAUUUCUCAGAAUAGGUUAUUUGGUUUGCUCCCAAGCAGCCUUGGGUCAAUUCCUUCAUCUUUUAGUUCAUUGACGGGUCUUGCGGAAUUUGACGUAUCUGACAACAAUCUUUCAGGAAGCUCUGGUUCUGUAUACAGAGGAAUUCUUGAAGAGAGUGGAGCAAUUGUUGCAAUAAAAGUGUUUAAUCUUCUGAAUUGUGGAGAGGAGUUUUUUGGUUGA